AAGCGAGGAGGAGCAGCAGCCCGAGCCGCAUGUGUCACUUCCAGUAUGCUGCUAACCCGAGCUGCUAUGUGACUCUUUGGGAACAUUUAGCUGCUUUAGCCGUCGGUGGGAAGAAAGGUUAGAAAGUUUGGAGCUACAAACCGGUGUUUUGGGGGGGCGCGGGGCGCAUAGGGAAGUGGUUUCGGAAGUGGAGCGUGGCAGAGAAGGUUUGAGGGGGGGGGCUUUACUUUCCUGUGUGAUACCAGAUAGCUCGCUUUUGCUUGCCACGACGGGACUGACGUAGAAUAUGGCGGAGCAUCACCCGGUUCCCGACAAACACAAAUCCUCACUCAACUCCGGAGCGUCGUAUUCGGGGAACGGGAGGAGCAGCACGGCGGUGGCAGAGAGAGGUAGCACCGCCGGCGUAGGAGGUGGAGUAGGAGGAGGAGGAGGAGGAGGUCUGUCCGGCGGCCUGUCGCAGCCGGCCGGAUGGCAGUCCCUGCUGUCUUUCACCAUCCUGUUCCUGGCCUGGCUGGCCGGUUUCAGCUCCAGGCUCUUCGCUGUCAUUCGCUUCGAGAGCAUCAUCCACGAGUUUGACCCCUGGUUCAACUACAGGUCAACUCACCACCUCACCACCAAUGGCUUCUAUGAGUUCCUCAACUGGUUUGACGAAAGAGCCUGGUACCCUCUGGGUAGGAUAGUAGGGGGCACUGUGUACCCAGGUUUAAUGGUCACAGCGGGCCUCAUCCACUAUGUGCUCAACCUUCUGCACAUCACCGUCCACAUCCGGGACGUGUGCGUGUUCCUGGCGCCGGUGUUCAGCGGCCUGACCUCCAUCUCCACCUUUCUGCUGACGAAAGAGCUGUGGAACCAGGGGGCGGGACUGCUGGCGGCCUGCUUCAUCGCCAUCGUCCCAGGCUACAUCUCCCGCUCUGUGGCGGGCUCCUUCGACAAUGAAGGCAUCGCCAUCUUUGCCCUGCAGUUCACCUAUUAUCUAUGGGUGAAAUCAGUAAAGACGGGGUCGGUGUUCUGGGCCAUCGGAUGCUGCCUCUCCUAUUUCUACAUGGUUUCAGCUUGGGGCGGUUACGUCUUCAUCAUCAACCUCAUCCCUCUUCACGUGUUCGUCCUGUUGCUCAUGCAGCGCUUCAGCAGGAGAGUCUACAUAGCCUACAGCACCUUCUACAUCAUCGGCCUGGUCCUGUCCAUGCAGAUCCCCUUCGUGGGCUUUCAGCCAAUCAGGACCAGUGAGCACAUGGCUGCAGCAGGUGUGUUUGUGCUGCUUCAGGUUUACGCCUUCCUGCAGUACCUGAAGGACAGACUGACCAGGCAGGAGUUCCAGACUCUGUUCUUCCUGGGAGUCUCUCUGGCUGCUGGAGUUGUUUUUCUCUCUGUUAUCUAUCUCACAUACACAGGGUACAUCGCUCCAUGGAGUGGGCGCUUCUACUCCCUCUGGGACACCGGCUACGCUAAGAUCCACAUCCCCAUUAUAGCAUCGGUGUCUGAGCACCAGCCCACCACUUGGGUGUCCUUCUUCUUUGAUCUUCACAUCCUGGUCUGCACCUUCCCAGCAGGCCUCUGGUUCUGCAUAAAGAACAUCAAUGAUGAGCGUGUCUUUGUGGCUCUGUACGCCAUCAGCGCUGUGUAUUUUGCCGGCGUGAUGGUGCGUUUGAUGUUGACUCUGACUCCGGUGGUGUGCAUGCUGUCGGCCGUGGCGUUCUCCAGCGUCUUCGAACACUACCUGGGUGACGACAUGAAGAGGCAGAGCCCGCCCGCAGAGGACAGCAGCGACGAGGACGACAGGAAGAACGCCGGCAACCUCUACGACAAGGCCGGCAAGGUGCGUAAACAUGUGUCGGAACAGGAGAAGGCAGAGGAGGGCCUGGGCCCCAACAUCAAGUCUAUCGUCACCAUGCUGAUGUUGAUGUUACUCAUGAUGUUCGCUGUCCACUGCACCUGGGUCACCAGCAACGCUUACUCCAGCCCCAGUGUGGUGCUGGCAUCUUACAACCACGACGGCUCCCGGAACAUCCUGGAUGACUUCAGAGAGGCCUACUAUUGGCUGAGGCAGAACACAGACGAGCACGCCAGAGUGAUGUCAUGGUGGGACUACGGCUACCAGAUAGCAGGCAUGGCUAACAGGACCACGCUGGUGGACAACAACACGUGGAACAACAGUCAUAUAGCACUGGUGGGUAAAGCCAUGUCAUCGAACGAGACGGCAGCCUAUGAGAUCAUGAGGUCGCUGGAUGUCGAUUACGUCCUGAUCAUCUUCGGCGGGGUGAUUGGCUACUCAGGAGAUGACAUCAACAAGUUCCUCUGGAUGGUGCGCAUUGCAGAGGGAGAGCACCCCAGAGACAUCAGGGAAAGUGACUACUUCACCCCGCAGGGAGAGUUCAGAGUGGACAAAGAUGGCUCCCCCACCCUCCUCAACUGCCUUAUGUACAAAAUGUCUUACUACCGCUUUGGAGAGAUGCAGUUGGACUUCCGGACGCCGCCAGGCUUCGACCGGACGCGUAACGCCGAGAUCGGUAACAAGGACAUAAAGCUGAAGCACCUGGAGGAAGCGUUCACCUCAGAGCACUGGCUGGUCAGGAUUUAUAAGGUGAAAAAGCUGGAGAACCGGGACCGUGUGGAGCAUAAGCUGCGAAGCUCCGACACCGCCAAGCAGAAGUACACGUCCAAAAAGACUGCCAAGAGGAAGCGUGGAUACAUCAGGAACAAGCUUUCCCUCAAGAAGGGCAAGAAACUGACCAAGAAAUCUUUAUAGAGCGUCCACCACCGACAGAGGCACACUGGAGAACAAGAGAGAAGAGAGAGAGAGAGAGAGAGAGAGAGAGAGAGAGAGAGAGAGAGAGGGAGGAAUAAAUCUUACGUUAAAAAAAGAAAAAAAGAAAGAAAAAAAACAACCAGUAAAAAAGUUCACCAAUUAAAACGAAUAAGGAAGAAGCAGAGGUUCUCCAGACUCCCCUCACCCCGCUCCCACUCCCUCCCACCCUCCUUCACGUCAUCCCCGUGUGUCCUCACCUGGAGGUCCAGGCUUGGAAACGUUACAUCAUCACAAAGCGGAGAUCACGUCGACCUGAUUUAAAAAAGCAGAGGGGUCAAAGGAGGCGAAGAAUGGGAGACGCCAGCUAGCCCGAGCCCCACCCCUAACCCCCACCCCCAAACCCCCCCACGCUGGUUUUAACCUGAGGAACUGUGACCUUUAACUCGCGUUUCUUUUUCUUUUCUUUUCCUUUUUUUUUUUUUGUACUUGAAUGUGCCGGUGAGUGAUAGGAGAGGCAGGGAGAGCUAGAGAUGAGUCGUCUUCUAGUUUAAGGACUGCUCUAUGCAUUACAUCAUUUCUUCUCCACACACCCACUCACAAUGAAAACAGGUAAAGCAUGACUUCAGGAUGAUUGUUACGGUGUUUCCUUCCUUGUUGGAGUUCAUUCAAUUCAAAUUCUCACUCCUGAUACAUGAUGAGAAUAUUCCAAACAUUGCAAGUCCUGAUUUACUCUGAUCAGUGUUAACACAUGCUGGUUUUAACUGUGUUUCAUCAAUACACACACACACACACACACACACACACACACACACACACACACACACACACACACACACACACACACACACACACACACGUGCCAACAAGGAGAAGCCAUCGCUCUUCAUCCAAGCCUCAUUCUGCUGCACUGACAGGACAUUUUUAAUGAUAGAACCAGAUAUGUACAGACAACUUAAAGAAGCAUUCUUGUUUAUUACAACUUAUUUUUCAAGUUCAUUUCUGAUAUCUAACAACAGCGUCAUCUCUGGAAAGAAGUCACGUGGUAAAGAAACCCGAGCAGGCGGCUUUUAAACAAGCCUCCGAGAGAGAAAAAAAAAGAAUUUCCUUUUUAAUUAUAGCCUUCAAAAUAAAGUUAGCAUAAAUCUGGUUAAAUCCUCAGUUUGUUUACAACCCCAUCUGAUGUAAAGCUACACAAAAAAUAAGAGCUGAGAAUGAUCCGUCCAUCAGUGUCCAGCUGCAGUGGGUUUAAAUAUGAACAUAUCUUUUUAAAUCCAAGACAAGAACCCAAGUCUCCUCUUUUUCUUCUUCUUUUUUUUUUGUCGUUAAUGAUUAGUAAAGAGCAGCAUUGUGCAGGCAGGUCUCUGAGCUUUAGGGGGUCAGUGAUUUUGUGUUCUCAGUGUAGUUUUUAAUGAUCACUCUGCUGCACGCUGCAGGUUCAAACUCCACUGAAUGUAAAAUGGACUGAUUAAGACGGAGCGCCGCCGGAUGUGAAGCGGGGCCUCCGCACUCUCUGGCUCUCGUCUGCUAGUCGCUAACAGAGGACAUCUGUCUCGUCCUGCCGGGGUGAUUAUUAAAGACACAUUUGAAGUGUAGCUGCUCAUUAGCUUUAAAAAUUAAUAACGCUUUCAGCUGUUAGCGCCGAGGGUGCCGAGCCUUUUUUUCUUUUUCCUCCCUAAAACUCUUCCAAUUGAAAAACGAUGAGAACGGGAAGCAGCGCCUACUUUUGAACACACAGCUGUAGUGUUCUGUAGUGUUCCUACACACAAAGUCUGUCACGCAUCCACCAGCUUCUUUUUGAGUCAAAUGUGAAGACCCCCACCCUCUCUCUCUUUGAUCUCCUGUCAAAUGUUCCACUGCGCUCUGUAGAUAGCAGACUUGCUUCUCCCCUCACAGGUACAGUAACAGGAUCAAACGCUCUCUGCUCACAUUGCUUUAUUCCCUCGUGAAUUUAGAAAAAUAUGAAGUCUUCUUGAGCUGCCAGCAGGAGCAGGAGGAGGUGGCUCUCCACCAGAGGGGGGAGGGGGGCUUUCAGACGGUUAAAACAUUACACUCAAAUCACUGUUUGUCAGAUGUUUUGCCUCCAGAUGUUCUCCUCCAAUUGGCUAAAUUCCCACUUUGUUCCAGUUGUAACUCCGUCACACAAACCAGUGGCUUAAACAUGAGGAUUUAUUCCUACAUAUGUGAUAUAGUAUGGUUUGAAAGUGUAAUGCCCCCCCCCCUCCGUUUUUCUGUAAAUCCUCCUUUAUAAUUUAAUCCGCCUUAUUCUCGUUUCUUGAAGAUAGUCCAAGAAACAUAAUCCACGCUGCGUGACCUCCACUUUGAUUCUGUUGUGAGGUUGUUUGUUUUUGUCAGAAGAGCAGCGACAUCGUUAUAACCCAGGAGGAGAAUGAAGAUGAUAGAAGAAGAUAGCAUCAGCCUUAAAGAGGGAGAGAGAAAAAAAAUGAAAUCAUAUCCAGAGCUCAGCUUAGAGACAGUCAUUGAGUGUAUUUAUUUACAUGGACGAUGAAGGCUGCGCUGGUGACUAAAAAAAAAAAAGAAAGAAAAAAAGCGAGUGUAGCGUCUUAUCACGAAAUGCAAGGAUUUUAUGUUGUUGUUUAUUUGAUUUUCUAAGUCAAGGUUUCUUCCAUCGAAUUGUAAUGAUCUGGAUGCAGGUGUGAGAAUGAAACAUGCCUUUUUGAAUAAAGAGGUUGAAAUAAUAA